CUCAAAUGUGAUUUAAGGGAUUACAUGAUGGAAUUCACGUUUUUUCAAGAAAAGCUGCAUGUCCUGGAUCAGUACCGUUGAAGCUGUCUUGUUUGUGACACCUCAAGCAGAGUCUUGUGACAGAUUCAUCAGAAGAAUAUAUACAAUGGAUCUCAAAGAAAGCUGCCCAAGUGUUAGCAUUCCCAGCUCUGAUGAACACAGAGAGAAGAAAAAAAGAUUUACUGUUUACAAAGUGUUGGUCUCAGUUGGCAGAAAUGAAUGGUUUGUCUUCAGACGAUAUGCAGAAUUUGAUAAACUCUACAAUACGCUCAAGAAGCAAUUUCCCACUAUGAACUUGAAGAUUCCAGCUAAAAGAAUAUUUGGAGACAACUUUGAUCCUGAUUUUAUUAAACAGAGAAGAGCAGGACUGAAUGAAUUCAUUCAAAAUUUAGUUAGACAGCCAGAGCUAUGCAACCACCCAGAUGUCAGAGCAUUUCUUCAGAUGGAUAACCCAAAACACCAGUCAGAUCCAUUCGAAGAUGAAGAUGAAAGGAGCACUCAGAAGUUAAACUCUACCUCACAGAAUAUCAACUUGGGACCAUCUGGAAAUCCUCAUGCUAAGCCCACAGACUUUGAUUUCCUGAAGGUUAUUGGGAAAGGCAGCUUUGGCAAGGUUCUUCUUGCAAAACGAAAACUGGAUGGGAAAUACUAUGCUGUCAAAGUGCUGCAGAAAAAAAUUGUUCUUAACAGAAAAGAGCAAAAACAUAUUAUGGCUGAGCGGAAUGUGCUUUUGAAAAAUGUGAAACAUCCUUUUUUGGUGGGAUUACAUUACUCAUUCCAAACAACAGAAAAGCUUUACUUUGUUCUGGAUUUUGUUAAUGGCGGAGAGCUGUUUUUUCACUUGCAAAGAGAACGUUCCUUUCCUGAGCACAGAGCCAGAUUUUAUGCUGCUGAAAUAGCCAGUGCACUGGGCUACUUACACUCCAUAAAUAUUGUAUACAGGGAUUUAAAGCCGGAAAACAUUCUCCUAGAUUCACUGGGUCACGUUGUGUUAACAGACUUUGGACUUUGUAAAGAAGGGAUUGCAACUUCUGAUACCACUGCAACUUUUUGUGGGACACCAGAAUAUCUUGCACCAGAAGUGAUUAAAAAGCAGCCUUAUGACAACACAGUGGACUGGUGGUGUCUUGGUGCAGUUCUUUAUGAAAUGCUCUAUGGACUGCCUCCUUUUUACUGCCGUGACGUUGCUGAGAUGUAUGAAAAUAUUCUUCAUAAACCCCUGGUUUUGCGCCCAGGAAUCAGUCUUACAGCCUGGUCUAUUCUGGAAGAGCUUUUGGAGAAAGAUCGGCAAAGCAGACUUGGAGCAAGAGAAGACUUUCUUGAAAUUCAGAAGCACCCGUUCUUCGAAUCUCUCAGCUGGACUGACCUUCUGCAGAAGAAGAUUCCACCACCAUUUAAUCCUAAUGUGGUUGGCCCAGAUGAUAUUGGGAAUUUUGAUGCAGUGUUUACAGAAGAAAUGGUCCCAUACUCAGUUUGUAUUUCUUCAGAUUACAGCAUUGUUAAUGCCAGUGUCCUAGAGGCAGAUGAUGCAUUUGUUGGGUUUUCUUACGCACCACCUUCUGAGGAUCUGUUUUCCUAGGAAGUUAAAGCCAACAGUAUUUGGAAAUUAUGGGUUGGACUGAAAUGGCAGGAUUGUGAAUGCAUUCCAAAAUAGUGUAACUAGUGCCUCAUUUUGUAUGUAGGUUUGAAACCUAUGAACAAACUUUCUGUACUGUAUAGGAGGAAUUUGGGCAUUUUGAAUGGCUUUCUUUGGAGUUUGAACUGUUUGUUCCUGCUGCAGAAAAUAUUUUUAAAAACCUUUAAAAACUGUUCUCUACAUUCAUCUAUUUUUUAAGCAAAAACACUGACUGUUCUCCCCAAUCCCUUCAGGUUUACAUUCAUACCUAUGUAAGAUUUGACUGGUUCAAACAGUGGCAAAUCUAGAAAAUUUAUAAAUGCCUUUGUACCUAUUUACAGUGACUUUGUGCUUGAAUUGUAACUAUGCAAAUUGUCUUUUGUAUAUCAUUGUUUAUAAAAAGAUAAACUUUUUUCUGUCAUAUUAAUCUGAAAUAUAAAUUAAUUUACUGUCAGCACUUAAAUAGGGAUUAAUUUAAGUUAAGACUGAGAUGGUUAAAGGUUUUCUACUGAAUGAAAAGCUGUUGCUCAUA